CCUGAAUCCGAUGGACUCACUUUCAGAAACCUAUAAGGUUUCCAGGGUAGGUCGCUGGAGACCCUGAUCUCCAGAGACCCUGAUCUCCAGAGACCCUCUCAAAACUCAAAUUAUGAGCAGAAUGAGACCAACCAGAGCCCUCUGCGAUCACAUCCCGUGGAUUUACAGUUAAAAAAAUGAAAAACUCGAGGCUUUUCGAUUUCACAUCUGUGCUCGGCUCAUAACUCUCCGAGAUGUGAGCGCAGAGGGCUCUGGUUGAUCUCAUUCUGCUCACAAUUUGAUUCUCUAUCGAGUGUGAUCACUUUCAGGAUCUUAGGGUUUUGAGAGGGUCUCUGGAGAUCCGGGUCUCCAGCGACCCACCCUGGAAACCUUAUAGGUUUCUGAAAGUGAGUCCAUCGGAUUCAGGAUCACGUUCUACCUCUAAAACCGUAGUUUCAGCUCACUCUCAUGAGAACUGACUCGUCUGGGACCCGAUGAUCUGAAGGAUUUGGACGAAAGUGCUGUUCUAUUCGAUGUAGGUCGAAUAUCUUUUGAACAAAAACAAAUCUCGAAAAAGUGGGCGUAUUACUUUGUAGUGCUUUAAACGGCGAAUCGAACGGUGUAAAAAUUUUGGCUCUACGACCUCUCCAGGCGGGGUUGAAGUAUUUGCAAAAACAGUUGUCGCAUUUUCGGCACUGUAGUUUCGGCCUUCCGCAAAAGACCAUUCCUCGUCUUGAAGAUCUGAAGACUACAUGACUAGUUUCAGUUUUUGAUGCUGAAUCUGAAUAUCGAAACCGCAAAUCUCUACGAUCUUUCUCGGCGGGGUUAUGGGUAUUUUUCGCAAAACGGGUAUUUUCCCGGUUUUUGACCAUCGCUCAAACGACUGUUUUCUUAGACGUUUUCUGGACAAUUCUAUAUAGUUUUUCAUAGUUAAUACUCGGAGGAGCUGCGUGCAAGCCCCCAUCUGUUUCUUAACAUUUUUGUAAUUUUUGAAUAUCUGCAAAAGUUCAGUUUCUCAGCAAACAAAUUUUUAACUCCAGAAGACUUUUAAGCUUAUAAAAAAAUUUUUUUGCAAUUUUUUCAGCGCACAGGGUAGGGAAGCCUAUAAAAAAGUUUCUUUUAAAAAUAUUAAAAUUACUAUGACAACAAUUUUUUGUACACGCAAAUACAUUAAAAGUCGAACGGUUAAUUUCUGAUCGAUUUUUGUCCGUGCUUUUGUAGUUUCAUUCGAAACGACAACAUGUUUUUCCUUGUUGAUUGAAAAAUUGAUCCGGUACGACCUACUACAAAUGUCAAUCGGUUCCAACUUUGAUUUUGAAGCAGAGAAUAAAAGUUGACAGAUUCAGUCAUCGUUAUUGGUUGGUAUGGUACCUGCAUUCUGUGUACGCAUAAACGAGUUAAUUCUCUAAACUCGUCGAUUCUCUAGUCCAUGAAAAUAUAAUACAAGUAGUCUAGACCAAGAAGAGUUUUUUUCUUUUUAGUCUUGCUAAAAAUAUUUUGUUCGUUUUUUGCAAGAAAUCUGUUUGAAUUUCAAUGAUUGAGCAACCAUGAAAAAUCAAGUCAAGUUUUUUUCAUUCCUUGUGGACGAUAUUAGAAACCAGUUAGAGUUGUACUACCAUUGAUAUUCAUCUCUAUGACUUUUCAGGGCUACAAUGCAAGUAAAUUUCUUCGAGAUACAUUAUCCGUCUCUUUUUUCUAGAUGACGAUCCAUCAUUCACUUCCUCAGUUAAUGACGUAAACGUCAAAGAACACAGAAAGCUUCAGAGACGAAAACGUCUUUAUAUUCUAAUUGGAAUGUUAUUAUCGAUUAUUGUUUUGGCUUUAACUCUGACGUUAGUAUUUAUAUUGGUAAUUAAAAAAACUUCGUCACAAAGCAACGAUAAUGAUUAUCUUUCACCAAAAAGUAAAGUUCAACGACAAUUUUAAAAAAAUAAAGUGCUGAUAUUUUGUCGAUGAAAUGUGUCGUUGUAAUGAUAUUCUAUAUUUAUAGGUUGUACAAAUAUUUUAAGUCGAAGUAUCUGGAAUGCAACAACAGCUAAAACUCGUUUUAUUUUAGAACUACCGGUUUUAUAUAUUACCGUUCAAACAUUACCUAGUUAUAAUAGAAGUAUGACACAACAAGAUUGUAUUCGAUAUAUUAACGUAUUUCAAACAUAUAAUAUGAAUACAAAUAAUUAUACGAAUAUAAAAUCUUCAAAUGCAUUUAAAUCAUUAAUGGACGGUCGUACUAAAAACAGUUAUGUGCAACAAAAUUAUACAUUUGUUGAACAUUAUGCUUCGCCAAAUAUAUAUCAAUCAGAGCUGAUCACCUGCAUGGUAAACUGCCUGCAAACUGCAGGCAGUGCAGGUAGGUUGCAGUUUGCAGGUGAAUAA